UUUUAUUUUCCUUAAUUUCCUUAUCAAGGGUUUUCCUUUGCCAAAUAUUUUAGUUGUGCAUACCUGCAUCUUUAUUAGUUCUUGAAUUAUUGUGUUAUCCAUGUGACAAAAAAAAAUAUUACGAUGUUUCAUUCUUAAUAAUAUGGAGGAAUAUAAAUAUACUAUAUCCAACAACUUAUUGGCCUGUUAUUUAAUGUCAAUAACUGCUUGCUUUUAUUUCAAAUUACCUCGUUUUUAAAGAGCUCUGGCUAGUUCCUCAUAUGCCGGGAAUUUCUGCUAGUUAUAUCGAAAACUGAUGUUAUUCUAUUAUACAUGUAGUUUGUAUCCUACAUGCCUUGAGGGCACCACUGAUGCAUGAUGUGGGUUUUAUUUCACACAGUUAUAAUGUAGAUAUAUCUUGAACUCCCAUAGGUAGCAGUAUUCGGCAGCAAGUCAUGUGUGAGCUGAAGCGUAAAUACAAAACUGUCGGAGGCGGAAGAUGCCCUUGGUAUCACGGUAGAGUGUUACAUGGAGGAAUCGCCAGGUCAUUCUGCCCCUGAAGAAAGGCAACCCCUCAGUGUCUCACCAGCAUUACUCGGGAAAAUGAAGAGCCUUACCGCUAAUCAGAUCUGUGAUCUUGUAGUGGAAGGCUUGGCAUCUCUUGGACGUGGCACAAGAGGAGAUUCCUUUGUGUCUGCAAUUACAGGCAUUAUGUUUAACUUGUUUGAACAGAAGGAGUUUGUCGAUGUGAUAGCCAUAUUGGACAAGUUGUACACGUGGGUAGCUUGUAAGAAAGGUAUCACAUCAAAUCCAAGAUCAUUCAUCCAGCUUUCUCUUGAGGCAAUGAAGAGGUUGGAGGAUAACAACAAGGUGAAUUUGGUGUUUAAAUUCUGCCAAGGACUGGCACAGGACAGACCAGACAAGUCAGGUCCCCUUAUACCGAUCCACCGGAUGCCAUUUGGUUUAAUGCAGUACUGUAUGGAAUUCUUCACAUGCACAAAUGUCAUGCAGAUCAAAGAACCUGAAGACUUUAGAUUAUGGCAUGAAACCAUGGUUACUGAAUUCCCGGAACGAAUGCAGAGGCUCUUAGCUGGUCCAAUGUGGAGUGGCCUUGAUCCACAGGAUAUGAGAGACCCACUUAAGGCUCAUGUAAAUGUUCCCUGUCAAGUAAAGCAACUCAAUACAGAACAGAUAAGAAGUCAUUGUUUACUUCAACAACUGAUGUGCAGGUGGCAGCAGUUGAUCAGCUAAAGAAAGCAAAUCCAGAGGGUAGAUUCUGGUUGAAGCUGGAUGCUACUGACCUUAAGGAGGCAUUGAUGGAGUCUGUUUCGGGGGUGUGGAAUGGAGAUGUGGACUUGGGUGAUGGGAAGUUGCAGGAGUUGCGGAGGGUGUAUGAUGGUAGAGUAAGCUUGGUGAGUAGUCUAACUGUGGUCCAAACCCGGCAUGGUCUUGAGGUGGAAUUAAGAAAGUGUGUUGACAGGUUAGCUGAUGACAUCCCUUUCCUUGAUGAGGGUUUCAAGUCGGCUGUUGAAGAUUAUAGGAAGAAAUUUGACAACAGGUCAACACCUGAAGAAAAGCUGAAGAGUGCAAACUGGAACAUUGUGGAGUUUCAAACACUUCUGCAGCAAGCUCAACAGCUGAAGGGGGCAUACGAGGAGCAACUUAGCUACCUAAACCCAGUCGUAGGACAUGAUCUGGGGGCCAUCAGGACCUCUCUUAGAGGGCUGUUUUCCAAGGCCAAAACUUACCUUCGAAACCUGUUCAAAAAGAAGAGAAUAGCAGCAACUCAUGUUUUGGUCCUAAUGCUCUCUGACGAAAGAAGGAGCCAUAAGCUGUAUGCCCUGCCAAUUAGAUAUGUUCCUUACUGGAGUUUGAGGGACCAGUAUAUUCAUGAUCUGAACAAGGAUGUAAAACGAGUAAUGCAAGAGAGAGGACUAAAUCUUGUAGGCACUGUUACAGAUGGAGAGUUCUGUUCUCUUCAAUCAAGAGGUGAAACAAGGGCUCUUCACUUAUGGCAGUUAAUCCAUGAUGCCCGGGAAAGUGUACAAAAGUUGAGAAAAGACACUUUGCUAGAAAAGCUGAUUUUGACCAACACUGCAGCAGAUGGGAGUCCUAUUGUUGCCAGACCCAACAGUGCCAUUCCAGACCAUGUAGUGUUGCAGCUUGAUGAGUUAAUCCAUAGUGGGCUAAGUGUGGAGGAUGCUGUCCCAUACAUGAGAGGAAAGCUUGUCCCUGCAGGAUAUACUCCCUAUCCUUUCCGAAAAAAUACUGAAGAAUCCCUUCUUGACAAGCUGAGGUCUUUGGUUGCCACCUACACUUUCAGGAACAGGGUAAGGGAACUGCAAGAAGAAGGAGUGGAUUUCACUCAGCAUCUGUAUGUUCCAGAGGUUGACCCUGUUACCAGUAGUGUUCGACAUGAUUGUGCUGAUCACAACCAUCUCCUAAAGAGAAUUGCUCAACAUAUCAGAGAUGGUGGAUAUGAGGCCUUUAACUAUGAGGCCUUUUCAGAUGUCUUAGCUGACCCACUCAGUAGUCUCACACAUGCAGCCCUGGUUGGCAAACAACGCCAAAGUGUAAAAGAUGCAGAACGUCUCCUUUCAUAUCAUGUUGCAGAUUCGCUUCAGAGGCAUGGCAAUGUUGAAGAGGCAAACUAUGUAAGGAUUGUUGCUCAGUGGCAUGAGUCUUCUGAUGGUCAGGGUUUGAGCCAGCUCCAGCGAUGCAGGUUCAACUACCAAAUGUUGAACUUCAUCUUGGAAGAGUGGAUGUCUUGGUAUGACGAGUGCUAUGACUUUUCAACCAUUGACAUAAACAGGUAUAGCUUUUUUUUUGAAAGUUGUGUUAUCUUCAACUACUUGAUAUUGGAUGUUUAAGCUUUGUCAAAUUUAAGUUGCAUGCUUGGAGAGCUGUGUUUUCAUGUGCCUAGUACUGGAAUUCAUUCAGGGUUAGUUUUUGUACAGGUCUAUUUACCAUUGAAAUUCUAAAAUACCAGGGUUGCCCUGCAAGUUUCCUGCUGGCUAUCUUUGUUUAAAGACAAUUUCAGGAGAGGAUGUAACAAAGCUAAAUACUGUUUCGUUUGCUGUUAGGUAAACAACAAAAAAAGCAUUGACCCACAGAAGACAAUCAUAGUACUGCAAUUUGUUUACCAAAUAUUAUUAUUCUUGAUCAAGCAGUUUAACUCUUGCUGAUUUGUUUCAAAAUUUCCUACAUAUAAAUCUAUAUCAUCAAUAAUACCAUCCCAUGGUAAUCUGGUAUAUUCUGUCAAGAAAUUGGGUACAAGGGUUGUGCAUUGGCUUGUUAACAUUAUUUAGCAUAUUUAUUAGAUUAUUUUUAGCUUUAUAAGUAGGUCAUGAAUAGUAUUUUGAAAUCCAGGUGCCCAGUGGGCCAGUACAGCUGCCCCCAAUAAUACAUUACUUGCCCAAUAGGUGUGCAAUGGUCAUGUCUCAUCACCUACAUCUAUUACUAGGUACUGCCUAUAACUCUUCACCCCCUAAGGCAAAUGGCAGUUUUUCCCAAAUCAGCAAAUUAAGACUCUCUUCUGCCUGUGUGCAAUAUACCAUUUGCAACCACUGAGAUGCUCAUCAGUAGCAAUGAAGGAGAUGGAAAUGUGUGGGUGUUGUCAAACAUGUCUUAGAUAGGAAGGUUAUGCCUUCAAUGAGCGGAUGUUUACAUGACAAUUUUCAUGGGCUAAAAAUUCAUAGAAAUCUGUCAAAUGUUCACAAAGUUAUGACGUUGUUUGCCAAAUGACACUCUAACGAGUAAAGGGAUACUCAAGUAUGCGUGGAUGUUAAAUUAAUAAUAAUUAUUUAUACUUUGUUCUCAUACUAUCUCAGUCAAAACACCAUUUUUAAACUGUGGGUUCUGAAGCAAUUUACAGGUUGUAGUUGUAAAUCAGAUUUUAUAAAUAAGAGUUGUCUGGACUUAUUUGAAGGUGAUGCAGUGGGAUCUCAGCCAAUGGAAAGGAAGGGAAAAAAACCUCAUGUUAAGUCAGAUUAAUAAUAUUGUUUGUUUAAAUUUUUGUCCAUUUUUGAAUCAGGAAAAGUGUUUAUCUCAAGCAUUUGCGCUUAUUUCUAGGUUUCUUGUCUCGUAUCAGUGCUGUCGUGCAUUGUAAAAAAAAUCACAAGGUUAAUAUUAUCAAAUUCAUGUGAUAGUCAUUUAUUUAUAACCUUAACAAGAGCAACAUGAGCUACCAUACGUUUUUUAACAGUUGCAACAUUGUCCAUCAAAUUUCUUAUCCCUUGUAACAUGGACACAACAGUUUACAUGCAAUAUAAAAUUUCAAAAUUUAACCACUAUAAUAUACUUUUGAAUUAUUAUUAUUGGCAAGUUAGUGCCAUAUCAAGAUGUUUCUGUAGUUAAAUUAUUCCAAUGCUGUGAGUUUGAGUGAAAAAAUGUUUACAGGAAAUUACCUUAAGAAAAGAUGCUGAACUGAUUUAACAGAACUAAACUAAAUAAAAAGUUACUUAUUAGUCAUUA